AUGAGCAAGUUGAGAUGGAUGCUGGGUAUAUCGCUAAGAGAAAGAAGAAGAAAUGAGGAUAUCAGAACUGAAACUAAAGUGGCUAGUAUUGUAGAGAAGAUUAGGGAAUCCAGAUUGAGAUGGUUACGUCAUGUGAUGAGAAGAGAUGAAGAUGACCCAGUGAAGGAAGCAUGGGAACUACCUGUGGAAGAUCAAAGAUCUGUAGGAAGACAAAGAUUGAAGUGUAAAGACAUGGUUGAAGAAGAUAUGAGAAAGAAAAACAUCCGGAAAGAAGGCUCUCAGGAUAGACCAUAUUGGCGGCGACGUACAAGAAUGGCCGACCCCAGUUGGGACUAA